CCACAGCGGCCUGCUUUUCGGAAUGAGAUCCAAGUUUUAAUUUCGCACAGUGGGAGGUCGGUUCUCGCUGCCGAGGGUCAGCGCGCAGAGGCUGGGCUUCUGCUCUCCAGCAACCCUCCAGUUAGUGUUCCUAGGAUGACCCAGGAGGCUUCCCGGGGGGCGUGGGUGCCUUAGUUCCUCAGGCUCACUGCUGCAGAAUCCAGGGGUGCGUUCCCCUUUUCUGAUUCUUGACGUCAAACUCCCACAGCCCCGAAGCCUCGCCAGGGCGGUGGAGAGGAGAGGGAGGGUGGCGGGGAGGGGAAGCCAUUGCAGCAACAGCUUGGAGGAGGUCGCUGGACGACUCUUCGCGGAGAGCGGAGAAAAACAGGGAGUGGAAGCCAGAGUCGGGGAGGAAGAGGACCUGCGGGUCCGGGGAGCCGCUGGGUUGCUGCAAAGCGGGGCGGGGAGAGGCGGGGGCGCUGCAUGCGGCGCGCUGGCUCCAGCGGCGCCCGCGGGGAAUGUGACAUCAGCGGCGCCGGGCGCUUGCGGCUGCAGGAGGCAGCUCGCCUCGGCUGCGCUGUGCACACCUCGCCCGGGGGAGGACGCAGACCCGGGCAGGCGGCCGGGAUGUCGGCGAAGGAGAGGCCAAAGGGCAAAGUGAUCAAGGACAGCGUCACCCUCCUGCCCUGCUUUUAUUUCGUCGAGUUGCCUAUAUUGGCCUCAUCGGUGGUUAGCCUGUACUUCCUGGAACUCACAGAUGUCUUCAAACCUGUGCACUCUGGAUUUAGCUGCUAUGACCGGAGUCUUAGCAUGCCGUACAUUGAACCCACCCAGGAGGCAAUUCCUUUCCUCAUGUUGCUUAGUUUGGCUUUUGCUGGACCUGCAAUUACGAUUAUGGUAGGGGAAGGAAUUCUCUACUGUUGUCUGUCCAAAAGAAGAAAUGGGGUUGGACUGGAGCCCAACAUUAAUGCUGGAGGCUGCAACUUCAAUUCUUUCCUUAGAAGAGCCGUCAGAUUUGUUGGUGUUCAUGUGUUUGGACUCUGCUCUACAGCUCUCAUCACAGAUAUCAUACAGCUGUCCACAGGAUAUCAGGCACCAUACUUUCUGACUGUCUGCAAGCCAAACUACACCUCUCUGAAUGUGUCUUGCAAAGAAAAUUCCUACAUUGUAGAAGAUAUUUGCUCAGGAUCUGACCUUACAGUUAUCAACAGUGGCAGAAAGUCAUUCCCUUCUCAACAUGCGACCCUCGCCGCCUUUGCAGCUGUGUACGUUUCGAUGUACUUCAAUUCCACAUUAACGGAUUCCUCUAAGCUUCUGAAACCUCUCUUGGUCUUCACAUUUAUCAUCUGUGGAAUCAUCUGUGGACUAACACGUAUAACUCAGUAUAAGAACCACCCAGUUGAUGUCUAUUGUGGCUUUUUAAUAGGAGGAGGAAUUGCUUUGUACUUGGGGUUGUAUGCUGUGGGGAAUUUUCUGCCUAGUGAUGAGAGUAUGUUUCAGCACAGAGAAGCCCUCAGGUCUCUGACAGACCUCAAUCAAGACCCCAGCCGAGUUUUAUCUGCUAAAAAUGGUAGCAGCAGUGAUGGAAUUGCUCACACAGAAGGCAUCCUCAACCGAAACCACAGAGAUGCUAGCUCACUGACAAACCUCAAAAGGGCAAAUGCUGAUGUAGAAAUCAUCACUCCACGGAGCCCCAUGGGGAAGGAGAACAUGGUUACCUUCAGUAAUACCCUGCCUAGAGCCAACACCCCUUCUGUAGAAGACCCUGUCAGAAGAAACGCCACCAUUCAUGCCUCUAUGGAUUCUGCUAGAUCGAAGCAGCUCCUCACUCAGUGGAAGAAUAAGAAUGAAAGUCGGAAGUUGUCCCUGCAAGUUAUAGAGACUGAGCCUGGACAGUCACCACCCAGAUCCAUAGAAAUGAGGUCAAGCUCAGAGCCGUCAAGGGUGGGGGUGAAUGGAGACCACCAUGGUCCUGGCAAUCAGUACCUCAAGAUCCAGCCUGGCACUGUCCCCGGGUGUAAUAACAGCAUGCCUGGGGGCCCAAGAGUGUCCAUUCAGUCCCGCCCUGGGUCCUCACAGUUAGUGCAUAUCCCUGAGGAGACCCAAGAAAACAUGAGCACCUCCCCCAAAAGCAGUUCUGCUCGGGCCAAGUGGUUGAAAGCUGCGGAGAAGACCGUGGCCUGUAAUAGAAGCAACAGCCAGCCCCGAAUCAUGCAAGUAAUAGCCAUGUCCAAGCAGCAGGGCGUCCUCCAAAGCAGCCCCAAGAACACCGAAGGCAGCACGGUCUCCUGCACUGGCUCCAUCCGCUACAAAACCUUGACAGACCACGAACCCAGUGGAAUCGUGAGGGUUGAGGCUCACCCGGAGAACAACAGACCCAUCAUACAGAUCCCGUCCACCGAAGGCGAAGGGAGUGGCUCCUGGAAAUGGAAAGCCCCUGAAAAGGGCAGCCUUCGCCAAACUUACGAGCUCAAUGAUCUCAACAGGGACUCAGAAAGCUGUGAGUCCCUGAAAGACAGUUUUGGUUCUGGAGAUCGCAAGAGGAGCAACAUCGAUAACAAUGAGCAUCACCACCACGGAAUCACCACCAUCCGCGUCACCCCAGUAGAGGGCAGUGAAAUUGGUUCAGAGACGCUGUCCGUUUCUUCUUCUCGCGAUUCCACCCUAAGGAGAAAGGGCAACAUCAUCUUAAUCCCUGAAAGAAGCAACAGCCCGGAAAACACUAGAAAUAUCUUCUACAAAGGAACCUCCCCGACACGGGCUUACAAGGAUUGAGUGAUGGCGGUUCAAUCAUUUGGGUGACCCCCAAAGACCACAUGCUGAUUCUACCUGUGCUCCGUUCCAGCAGAUUGGGAAGUCUUCUCAUCAAACUAAAUUAUCCACCAUCAGCCCGGAACUCAAUGACUCUUGAGAACUACUACACUCAAGCUUGUAGAUUUCACAUCAAGGGGAGGGAAAAGCACAACGCAAGAACCUAACUCAUGUGAUAAUGUGAAGACUCUUAAGACCUAUCUUCAAACUCAAAAGGUUUGCAGAGGGCAGUAUCAAAAGAAAGUGGUUUCCUUCAAUGUAUACUAUUUUACUUCCUGAAUGUGCCAAUUUUAGGGAUUUUUCUUUAUAAUAGCUGUGGGAAUCCAGAACACACGUUUUCCCUACAGCAGAGGCCAUGCAGUAUUAUAUAUUCAUUUUGCAGAAUCUGCACCUAAAGCUCAAUACGGGUGGUGCUGAUUAUUAUAGUAUAUAUACCGUGUAAACUCUCAAAUUCUAUUUAGCUGUGAAAUAGUGGUGUGCAAUUCCUUGUCAAAGAAAUGCUACUGUAUUAAGAAGAUGCUGGCUGCUUUGUGUUAGAGUAGGACAUCCCGCAGCUCCUCUGUAGUGGCUCUGUCACAGUCAAAAAAUGAAAAGGUUUUGUGCAUUUCUUAAAAAUUAUGCUUUCUUCAAGAACAAAAAGUGUGUAGGAGAAUUUUCAGUGCAAGAAAACAACUAGUAUUUUUCCGAAGUUUUUUUGCUGCUUACUUUUUAUUUAAGUAUAGAUCCUGCUAAUGAAGAAUAUGGUUUUUAGUGAGUACCUUUGCAUAAUUUAAAAAAUAUAUUGUUUUAGAGAGUUUUUUGAAAUGGUUGUGAUCCUAUUUUGCAUUUUACGGCUUCUCCUUUAUUUAUUGAUUUAAAAAAUUUUUUGAUGUUAUACGUAUGUUCUUCUACUUUGAAAGCAAAACUAACGGGUGACAUUCCUAGAGCAAAAUACACUGCUGUGAAUUUAUAAACAAGAAAUCUGAACCAAAACUUGACAUUGUGGAUUAUGUUGCCAGCAAUGUUAGUCAGAUCUACUCUGAGAUGUCUCCAACCAGCUGGCCUAGUUUGCCAUCUUAACAAGUAGUCCAAAAAUUCCAUUUGGAUCCAGAUUAUAAUUUUUUUCAAUUUCCUGAUAACCAGUAAAUUAGAACCACAGUACUUAGGUUUUACCUUCUUCCCUAGAAUAUUUUUGUUAAUUGGACACCAACAGGAAGACUCUGAAGAAAAUGCAAAUUGAUAAGUGAAAGUAUCUCACAAUAUAAAUUAAGAAUGUAUUUCUUCAAAUAUCUAAAUAGGCACAGUUUUAGUGCUUAACUUGCAAACAACAGUUUUUGCUACCUAUCCCGAAUGAAGCCUUCAGCCUAAAUCAAAGGAAAUCAAUAUUAUCAAUAAGAAGAUAAAAACAAAACAUUCUGAAGUGUUUUUCAACUUAAAAAUUUCUUUUAAGUAUGAAGAAAUAUUUGGUUCUUGGAAUUUAGUAUUAAACCUUUUUUACACCAUUCUUUAAGAAUUCUAAUAUACACUGGAUGAUUGCCAAGGGGAUAAAAGGGAACAACAAAGCUGGUUGAUCUGAUUUCAGUUUAGUUUUCAGUGAGAACAGAGGGAUUGUUUAGAGACAAAUCGUACCACGUCAUUCUCAGCUUCUACGGGAUAAGGGCAGAGCUUCCUAGAGUCACCAACCUCCUAAAGCUUGAGGGAUUUAGCUGAAACCAGCAGAAUUGAAAACUCUGGCAAUAAAAUACAGAUUCAACUAUAUCCCUUCUGGCAAUUUCCUUCUCAGAGAGGGGAGUGGGAGUAAAAUGUUGCCUUCCCCACUUCUCACCCCACCACCAUCACCAUCAUGACGCUCCUACUGGCUUUUGCCAGUUGAUAGAGGGGAAGGUGGACUGGUUUUCUGAAGAAAAAAAAGCUGCAGCAUUUCAGGUGCAGUGUGAUAUUUCCUAAUCUUUCCUAUUUCUUAAGAAAAGAUUUUAAAGUACUUCUCUAAUCAUCGAAGUUUUUUUUUUCUUUACAUAAAUGUUGAUAUAUUCUUUUUCUACUCAAAGUGCCAAAGGCUACAGUUUUUAAUGACUUAACGAAUUGUACCACAUUGUUAAGGACAUAUGAUAGUCGCUAGAACUCAGACCUCUGCAUGUAUAUUUGAUAAUACAUCUUUUGUAAAAAAAAAUUACAAAAAAAUAUUUGUUUACAUUCCACUGGUACCUUAAUUUAAAAUAAAUGAAACUAACAGGUGUUAUCUCUUCUUAGUGUUCUAUUGGUCUUAUUUGCUAAUGAGAGCACUUCUUCCUUUGUUAGGCUGUGCUUUACUGAUAAAACCAAGUAUUGAAUAAAGAGAGUUAAUUAUCUUUUUAAAGUAUAUAAAAUUAUGAAAAUAUAUAUAAUAUAUAUAUAAAGUAUUGUGUUUAAUAAAAUGUUAUGCAAUGUUUUCCAAACUGAUAAAGUUUGUAAAGUGCUAUAAUGUAUUUUGUUAAGUACAGAUCAAAGCUCUUGUGUGAGUAUAUUGUGCUAACAUCAUAGAAAUAAAGAUUAGAUUUCUUCA